GUUGUAUAUUGUGUACAUAUUCAGAUCAUAAAAAAUCUUGUCAUAGAGGACAAUUAAUCUAAUUAUUUAAGAUGGUUGUGCUAAACAAACGCAUUCUACUUGUGGCUUUCUUCUUCCUUUGCUUCAUCUCUAUCCAUGCUAGAGCACGAGUACUGAAAGAAAAAAGCAAUAUGGUGGAUAGCACUAGUAGUGAUGCUAGUACAGCUCAUCAUAGUGAAACGCAUGAUCACGUAUUUAAGCCAAAAGAAGGUAAAUAUAAUGCAAACGAAGUGUUCUCAAUGGAUUACACUCCAGCCAGAAGGAAGCCGCCGAUCCACAAUUUGAAUUGAUGGAUAAAUUUUGUGCCACAAUUUAUUUUAUAUACUUAGGAAUUUGUUCCAUAUAUUAUUCAAUGUCUUGCAAUUUUAUAGCCUUGUAAUUUUCUAGGAUACACGGUAAGAAAAUCACUCAAUGUCUUUCCUACACAAAAGAAUUGGGUAAGGAUAGCAUAUUAAAGGUACCAAGAGACAAAUUAAAAUAUGCAUGUGUACAGUACUCUGCGAGAUCUCUAUUGAAAUUUCAGAAUAGUGAUACUUAUAUAAACUUAUAUUUACACACGUACA